UGCCUCGACCAAUAUGCACCAUCAACUUGCCAAUUUUACUUUAAAUUCUCUUUUGUCUAUAUAUAUAUAUAUACAAAGAUAGGGAAUAAUAUCCACCAUCACAGACUCACAAUCACCAAGAAAGAAAAAGAUAUGGAAGCAGCCAAGCAACAAACACAGAGCCAUUUUAUUCUGGUACACGGUGCUUGCCAUGGAGCUUGGUGUUGGUACAAGCUCAAACCACUGCUCGAGUCUCAUGGCCACAAGGUCACUGUCCUCGACCUCGCAGCCUCUGGUAUCAACAUGAAGAAGAUAGAAGAGGUUCCCACUCUUUACGAUUAUACGGUGCCGUUGAUGAAGCUCAUGGAAUCACUUCCUCUAGGUGAAAAGGUGAUUCUUGUUGGGCACAGUCUUGGUGGCAUGAACUUGGCCCUUGUCAUGGACAAGUUCCCCGAGAAAAUCUCUGUUGCUGUCUUUGUCACUGCUUUCAUGCCUGAUACUGUACACAAACCUUCGUUUGUUAUCGAUCAGUGCCUUAAGGGGAAAACCCCAGAAUCAUUGUUGGACACCAAUUUUGAAUCCUGUGGAACUUCUGAAGUGCCCCUAACAUCUAUGUUCUUUGGCCCCAAAUUUAUGGCAUCCAAACUCUACCAACUAUGCCCCAUCCAA